CAGAAACCGACGGUACAAACCGACUUUCACUACGAAAUGUACGGCCUGCCAAGAAGUAUAUGACGUCAGACCAUGUUAUAAUCGGCGUUAAAAACGGCUGACAUCUUCUUCAACUUCAAGAAGAUGGAAUAUUACGCGCGAUUUUGUAAAGACGUCCAAACUUAAUUUAAAGAUAAAGUUUCAAAAUGCUUGACCAGUUCUUUAAAGGAGAAGUUCCAAGUAUUUUUGAGACGACUAUCAAACGAGAGAAUGGCAAACCUUAUCCGCCAUCACAACCGGUAACAAGGACGUACAGAAAUGAAGACGAAUUCCUACGGACAAAUCGAGCAACAAUAUGUUUUUGCGGAGCUUUUCUUACAUUUGGAAUGGCUGCUUCGGUUAUUGGACCGACUCUUCUUGAGCUGGGAUGUGUGACGGGAAGACCUGUGAAUAUCAUAAGUUGGGUUUUCUUUUCGCAAGGUCUAAGUGCCCUGUUUGGUUCAAGUAUAGGAGGAAUCAUGGCCGAUAGGUACGAUUGUAGUGUCAUUCUACUAGUCUGUGUGACUUGUAUAGCAGUAUGCCUUGCCAUUAUUCCUGUCUGCUCAAUAUUUCAACUAAUGCUAGCAUUUUUUGCACUACUUGGGGUCAAUAUGGGGAUCAUCGAUACMGUGGCUAAUAGUGUACUAAUAAAAAUACACGCUAAAAAGGUUGCUCCACGUUUACAGACGCUUCAUUUCUUCUACGGMAUCGGUGCGUUACUGAGCCCUGUCAUUGCGGAGCCGUUUUUACGCAGUGCCUGCAAGAAUGGCCACUUUGAAUCGAACAUCUUUGGGUGGACACUGGAAAACAGUACAUUUACAGAAGAGUUUUUAAAUAAUCUCGUAUACAAUAAUGUGAAUAUAACCCAGUUAAACUUCACYCGYGUCACAAAGGUAACCAUGGUGAAGCUGAAUACCAGGCCUUUUGUGCAGUACGCUUACUGGAUAGUAGCAAGCCUUCAGCUUCCAGUACAGUUAGGACUAAUUUACCUGAUAUUCAAACAACGGCAAAUCAGGAAAUGGUCGCCUGUCAUGUUUACUGGUCGUAUUGUGAACAUAGCAGCCAUUCCAGCCAAGAGUCCUGACGACCCUGAAGGAAAAGAAUUAUCGCAGAUAUUCAGACCAAUCGACACUCAACCUAUCAAGUCAACAUUUGGAGAUAUUCCCGCCAAAGUUCCAAUAAUAACAUUCUUAUGUGCUUUAUUGCUGUUUUUCUUUGAUGGUCUUCAGGGUGCUUAUGCGGGCUAUCUGUAUACUUAUGCUGUCAAGAGCGACGUUCAYUUUAAGUCGAGUCAUGCUGCAUAUCUUAAUUCAUUAUUCUGGUGUCUUUUUGCAGUUGGRCGAUUCAUAUCAAUCUUUUUAUCAAUGGUCGUGAAGCCUGAUAAAAUGUUAUUAACYAACAUGAUUGGCUGUUUUACUGCAAUGUCAAUCAUGUUUUAUUUCCACGCCUACCCUCUUUCACUCUGGAUUGGUACCUGUUUGUUUGGAUUAUUUAUGAGCAGUGUCUUCCCGUCAACACUAGCGGCCGCAGAACUAUAUAUAGAAGUUACAGGGUCGUUGACUUCUAUUCUUAUAGUAAGUUCAGCUAGUGGGGAAAUGCUACUACCACUGUUGGUAGGAAAGGAAUUUAUUAGAGAAGGACCGCUGUCUUUCUUGAUCGUGGGCUUCAUUAUAUGUAUAUUUUCUCUGGUUGUCUUGUUUCUUAUUCGUGCAGUCGCGCGAUCRCGACUAAAACUAACAGUUUCCGAAUUAUUUCAAGUUCUGAUUGGUGGGGCGUGUCACUGCAAUAGCAGCUAUAAAGAAUAUUUUCAGUCAGAAGGGUGCGAAUACACCCAGAUGAUGCCAUGUGACGUAGAAGUGGUGGAAGCAACUGCUGACAAUAUGAAACCGAAGACUCAAGAACCGUCGUUCGACGAACAAACGAAUACCAUAAAUAUCGAUUUACUGGGAACUGAGAGUCAAUAAGUUAUUUAUCUACAGUAAUAAUACUAUACAAUAUUUCCUGGAAUUGGUUUCCUGUAGGCCAAUUACAAUCAUCAAAAAAUUUGUGCCAAGUAUAGUCGACUCUCGUCGUGUAAAAGGAUCUAUUUUCAGUCAUUUCUUUGGAGUAGGAUUUACUAAGUGUCCAUAAUAUCGGGGUGACCGCAAGACGAGAGUUGACUGUAAGGAAUGUCAUUGGAAUACACCUAAACAGUCCUCAUAAAGUUAUGCGUCUUUGUAGCCGUUUUUGUCUCAUUUCCCUCCAUCAAAGAGAAAAUA